AUGUCUGGAAUACUACCCUUUGUUGAAGAUACUAUAGGUGAAAAAGUUAAGCGGCACAAACUUGCACCAGUGCUGAUAGAGUCGAUAAUACGGGGUGAUGAAUCAUCUACAUCACCUCCUGCUACCACAAACAAAAAGGAUGAGUCCAUCACUUCAUUUGCUCUAGAAGAGGUCAAUAAUGACCCAGAUGAACUAAUAAACUUGAGAGGUGAAGGAAGAUACUUCGGAGCUACAGAUCCAGACAGCGAAAACCAACAAUCACUGGGACCUAUAUGUGAUAAUUGUCAUGAACGUGGUCAUAAACGAGCACAAUGCAAAGUUGUCAUUUGCCACAAGUGUGGAAAAGUGGGCGAUCACUACGAGAGUCAAUGCCCGUCAACUUUGGUUUGUUUGAGAUGCGGAGAAAAGGGUCAUUAUAUCCUGCAAUGUAAAAGCAAAGUACGGAAGAAGCAGUAUUGUCGCAAUUGUGAUACAUUUCAACAUGGAGAUGAAGAUUGUCCAAGUAUAUGGAGAUCAUACUUGACAAAAAGGAAUCACGAUGAAGAAAAAGAGAGUUUGGUAUUGCCUAAUAUUUAUUGUUAUAAUUGUGCAUCUGAUGAACAUUUUGGAGACGAAUGUGAUAAGCAGCGGUCAUCGCGAAUUCCUAACCUUGGUAGUGCUUUCAGUGGUAAUAAUCUACCUCGUAAUUUACGUCCUAUAUAUUUUCUCAGAUUGAAACGGAGCGAAACUGCAUCAUCAAGAGACUACGACUCAGAAUAUGAUCCAAGACUACCUACAAAACGCACAAACAAUUUUAAUUUCAAUGCAAGUAUUUCAUCACAUGGCCAGCAACAACCUUCUAGAACCGGAUUUAUUCCAAUGAAUAAUGGAAAAUCUAGAUUCCCAUCUGGUCCAUCCAGUAGGAAUCAAAAUGGAAAUUUCAACAAUUUCAACAGUUAUGGACGUAAUAAUGGAUAUGGGAACAACUCAUACGAAGGAAGCGGUUUUGGCAACAAUGAGUAUAGCAGAAGUGGCUAUGGUAGCAGCUCAAAUAACGGGAGUCGUCCACCAUCGAGAAGUGGAUUUGUGGGAAGUAGCAAUAAGGGUGGCAGAAUAACUAAACCAACUAGAAGCGGUUUGAUUGACAAUAGUAAAAGCAAGUACAAAAAGAAGCACAUACGAUAUUAG